GGGUUUUGGCGCGAGAUGCUUCCUUUCGCCGCUUAGCUGCUGCCUUCUUGGGGACUGGACUGUGGGUGUGAAGUGGACGAGCGACCCGUAAGGGACCCUCUAGAAGGGCCGGUCUCCCGUCACGGCUGGAGCUAUCGUGUUUCCGUCUGCUUUUAACGCCAUUAUCCUUCGGUCAUGCGGCUUCCUCACCGUCGUACCUGCUCAAGCAUUGCCACCAAUUUCGUUCAGCCUUAGUGAGCCCCUUCCUCUUGUGAAUAUCCCCGCCCUCUGGGCCCCAUCCCGUAAUUUGGCAUUACCUGAAGAGAUCGUUUCUUCCACCACCACUCGCUUCCCUACUGUCGCAGAACCUGGUGCUUAGUCGGCCGGCAUGGCUCUGAUGGCUGGUGUGAUCCGCCGGCUGGAUGAGACCGUGGUGAACCGUAUCGCAGCUGGAGAGGUCAUCCAGAGGCCCGCCAACGCCAUCAAGGAGAUGGUGGAGAACUGCUUGGAUGCCAGCGCAACCAGCAUCCAGGUGACAGUGAAGGAUGGUGGUUUGAAAUUUAUUCAGGUCCAAGAUAAUGGAUGUGGAAUUCGUAAGGAAGACUUGGAUAUUGUGUGUGAGAGGUUUACUACAAGUAAACUGCAGACCUUUGAAGAUCUAGCUAGCAUUUCCACAUAUGGGUUUAGAGGUGAGGCAUUGGCUAGCAUAAGUCAUGUUGCCCAUGUUACUAUUACAUCUAAAACAGCAGAUGGAAAGUGUGCUUACAGGGCCAGCUAUUCUGAUGGAAAAUUGAAGACUGCCCCCAAACCUUGUGCUGGAAAUCAGGGGACUCAGAUCACGAUUGAGGAUCUAUUUUACAAUGUAGCCACCAGGAGAAAAGCCUUAAAAAACCCUAGUGAAGAAUAUGCAAAAAUACUGGAAGUUGUCGGGAGGUAUGCUGUUUACAACUCAGGCACCAGUUUUUCAGUUAAAAAGCAAGGUGAUACUGUAGCAGAUAUCAGAACACUGUUGAAUGCUACAACUGUAGACAAUAUUCGGUCCAUCUUUGGAAAUGCAGUUAGCAGAGAGUUGAUUGAAGUGGGCUGUGAAGAUGCAACUCUGGCUUUUAAAAUGAAAGGUUAUGUGACCAAUGCAAACUAUUCAGUGAAGAAAUGCACCUUUUUGCUUUUCAUAAACCAUCGACUGGUGGAGUCAAGCGCUUUGCGAAAAGCCAUAGAAACAGUAUAUGCAGCUUACUUACCCAAAAACAUGCACCCUUUUUUAUAUAUAAGCCUUGAAAUAGCACCCCAGAAUGUAGAUGUGAAUGUGCAUCCCACAAAGCAUGAAGUACAUUUCCUUCACGAAGACAGCAUCUUGGAGCGUGUACAGCAACACAUAGAGAGCAAGUUGUUGGGUUCUAACUCAUCAAGGAUGUAUUUCACUCAGACAUUGCUACCAGGUGUGACUGCCCCGUCUGCUGAUGUUGCUAAAUCAGCCAGUUCUUCAGUUAGUCAAGGGACAGACAAGGUUUAUGCCCAUCAGAUGGUUCGUACUGAUUCCCGGGACCAGAAACUGGAUGCUUUUCUUCAGCCAGUUAAUAAAUCCAAAACUUUUGGAUCUCCUGCUGUGGCAACAGAGGACAAAAGCAAGGAGCAGAGUUGCAAGGAGACUGGGCUGCAAGAUGUUGAGAUGGAAGAAUGCAGUGACUUGACUUUAGGAGCGGAAGUUAUGGAGACAGCAGACAAGUUGGUGGAAAGCCAACCUAUGUCUCUUGAAACUAUAUCUGCACGAAAGAGACAGCGAGCAGAUUGUGAUGUGGAAGUGGAAGAAGAUGCAAGACAGGAAAUGACUGCUGCUUGCACUCCAAAGAGGAGAAUUAUUAACUUAACGAGUGUAUUGACCCUGCAAGAAGAAAUCAGUGACCAGGCACAUGCAAGCCUUCAGGAGAUGCUACGUGAUCAUUCCUUUGUGGGAUGUGUCAGUCCUCAGUGGGCACUGGUGCAGCAUCAGACAAAACUGUAUCUUCUCAAUACUACAAAACUCAGUCAAGAAAUGUUCUACCAGAUACUUAUUUAUGACUUCGGAAACUUUGGCGUUUUAAGAUUGUCAGAACCAGCUCCUCUUUAUGAUUUAGCCAUGUUAGCCUUGGAGAAUGCUGAAAGUGGUUGGACAGAAGAAGAUGGUCCAAAGGAAGGUCUUGCUGAAUAUAUUGUUGAUUUUCUAAAAAAGAAGAGUGAAAUGCUGAAAGACUAUUUCUCCCUUGAAAUUGAUGACGAAGGAAAUCUUACAGGACUACCACUUCUCUUAGAUAAUUAUGUUCCUCCAUUGGAAGGGCUACCUGUGUUUGUCCUUCGUUUGGCCACAGAGGUAAACUGGGAUGAAGAAAAAGAAUGUUUUGAAAGUCUUAGUAAAGAAUGUGCCAUGUUCUACUCUAUUAGAAAACAGUACAUAAUGGAAGAUUCUGAUCUUACUGCUCAGCAGGCUGAAGACUCUGGAACAGGUACAAGAUCUUGGAAAUGGACAGUGGAACAUGUACUUUACAAAGCUUUUAGGACAUAUCUUUUACCUCCUAAAAGCUUCACAGAAGAUGGCAACAUCUUGCAGCUUGCUAAUCUACCAGACUUGUAUAAAGUCUUCGAGAGGUGCUGACCACAGCUGUAAGGUCCACAGCUGUUAACAGCUUGCUUCUUCUGUCACUGCUUUAAAGGUCAAUGCACCAUAGAAAAUGGGUGUUAGAUUAACUCUGUAUAAAAGUGACUGUACUUAAGGUCAGAAAACAGUGGAUGUGUUCAGCUUUACAAAAUUACACAGUUCCGUAAUGAAGACAGUAUGACUAUUAAAUAGCUAGAUUUCUACCAAUGGAAAGAUAAAACAAGCUAGUUCUGUGGGAGAAGCUAGUUAAUAAACUGGCCCUUCUAAUGAAAAUAUCAUAAUUUUUAAUGUAUUAAACUAUACUUUUUCCAUCUGAAUAAACAGUUCAGACACACAUGAAAACAGCAAAUACACUAGAGUCAACUGAAUAGGACUGAAUAGAAGAUAUCAUCUUAAAUUGAAACAUCACAAUCCUUUCUAUUUGAGAUAGUGACAGUUAAAUAUAUCUACACAGGAAUUAGACAAUAGCAAGGUUACGUAACUUGUAAGUUUUCCAUGAAUCUCGGUUCUGAACAAAAUAUAACCUUAGAAAUUUAUGUAUACAAGCCCAUGGGCAGCAGUACUACCACUGCUGCUUAAGUAGAUAAAUUCAAGAAUUUCUAUGUGGAAAGUUUAGUUAGGUAUAUCCAUUUCUCAGUUAAGUUGUAUGAGUUACUGGUAAUAUGUUGCUUUGAGUCACAUGUGGGAUUAUAACAGUGAAAUGUUAAGUAUUUGCAACCUAAUGUACAGGAUGGAAGGAAAAAAACAUGUAUCCAAAACGCA